CAUAGUGUAUACAAUGACACGUGUAUCCGAAAUCCUCCCUUAGUUUACGGGGGUAGACAUUGCCUUUUUGGCAAAAUUCAGCAGUAUAAAAUCUUUCAUUAUCUGUUUCUUUAAGCCCUCAUAAAAAAACUAGCUUGCUUUUCAAAUCAUACAAUCAUUAUCACUAGAUCUAUCGUUAGAUUUAUCAAUAAAAUUUCUUUCUUUCAGUUAUAGACAUCAAUUUCUGAUACCAGCUUCAAGAGAAACAUUUACCAUCUGCCCUACUACCAAUUUCUCACAUCUAUUUAAAAUGAGUAUGACCCAGACUCAGGAAAAGAAACCAGGUAAUCUUCUUACAAGCAAUGAUAUUUUCUUAUUCAUUCCCAAUCUAAUUGGCUAUUCAAGAGUCUUUUCUGCUAUAUUAUCUUUGUUUUUAAUGAAAAACCAUCCUAUAUACUGCACAAUUGUUUACUCCAUUUCCUGUUUAUUAGAUGCUGGCGAUGGGUUUGCCGCAAGGAAAUACAAUCAAACCUCAAGAUUUGGCGCUGUCCUCGAUAUGGUUACUGACAGAUGUACAACUUCUGCCUUGAUUUGUUAUCUAUGUAACGCAUUGCCUCAGUUUAUGAUAUUCUUUCAAUUGUUAACUUCAUUAGAUUUGGCUUCUCAUUACAUGCAUAUGUAUGCUACGGUAAUUAGUGGUGGUUCUUCUCACAAGAAUAUUACAAAGGAAAGUAGUUGGUUAUUAAAUUUGUACUAUACAAAUAAAAAAGUUCUUUUCACUGCCUGUUUAUUUAACGAAUUGUUUUAUUUGGCCUUAUACCUAAGAGAAUUUGAUCAUUUACCAACUAUUUUUAACGUCAAAUGUGCCACUAUAUUAGUUUUCAUAACUUUACCUUUAUUCAUAUUUAAGCAAUUUACAAACAUAGUUCAAUUGAAAAGAGCUGCUGUUUUAUUGGCUGACAUUGAUUGUGAUGAGAGAAACAGUAUUAAAUCCUCAUAAGUGUACUAUCAACUAACUAACUAGUCAACUUAACUAAUUUACUACCAACUAUCAAUUAUAAUUUAAUGAGUACUAAAUUGAAAUUUCAAUUUUUCCUCUUCUGUCAUUAACACAUUCAAUAACAUUAACAACAUUAUUAUGUUUUUUUUAAUUUUUUUUCUCGCACACUGUAUAAUUUUUCUUGCUCAGUUUCUCUAUAAUAAUACCAUCUAAUUUUAAUUGUCAAUUCAUCUAAUAAUUUUCUCAUAACAUUUCCAGCACCGGAUCUUCUAAACCAUCCGACCCAGUCGUAUGGUAGCUCCGAUAUCUGCAACAUGCACAUGUGAAUGCACAGGAUAACACAUCCAAGCAUGUAAUCCCAUAUGCCUGGUUUUUCAAUGCACCGCUAUUUCAUUCCUAAUAUAGUAAAUCCGGCCUCUUAUCACCUGCUUUACUU